GGGUGUGUAGCUUGUUUUGUUUUGCGGCUGAUUUUACUAUUCAAUUAAAACAAUGGGAAAAGAAAAAUCUAAGAAACGUAAGCGAUCUGCAGAAUCGUCUGAGGAUAGUUCUAGUUCAAGUAGCACCGAUUGUACUCGGGAAAAGAAGAAACUUCGUAAGUUAAAAAAGAAACUGAGAAAAGAGCAGAAGAAAACGGAGAAAGCUCUCCAGAAGAAGUUAAAAAAAGAAAAGAAGAAGCUCAAAAAGAAAAGGAGGAGUAAAAGCAGCAGCUGCAGUCGAGAUGACGCCUUCAAGAAAGGGGCUGACGAGGCCGCUGAUAUACCCCUCGAAUUAAUGGAAAAAUCUAAAGCAAUGGCACCAAUGACCAAAGAAGAGUGGGAGAAGCGGCAGAGCAUCGUACGAAGGGUUCUGGACGAGGAGAGUGGACGAUACAGGUUAAUAAAAGGUGACGGAGAGGUGUUAGAAGAGAUUGUGUCCCGGGACAGACACAAGCAGAUUAACCGACAAGCCACUCAGGCAGAUGGUGCCUUUUUUCAGGCACAAACUGUCUACAAACAUUGAAUUUAGUCUAAGUGACAACUUAGCACAAACCUUUUGUGGAGUUUAAUAAAAGCACAUAUUUAUAGUUUGGCCCUAUAAGCUACUCGCACUCUUCCUUAUAGCGUGAGUGUUUCAAGUCACCUACUACUAGUCUGAAGUUAAGUAUGAUGUUUUUGAAACAAAUUCAUUACAAUAUGUAAAGGUAUAUGACACUUCACUGAAUAACGGAUUUAUUUUCAAGUUAAGUGGUCAGAGGACAGCAUUGAUACAUCACUAUCAACUUGGUUGAUGUGAUUGUUCACCUCAUGUAAUAGUAUAAAGAAAUGUAAAAUGUUUAACAUGAUCAGUGUUGUCAGAUUUAUUACGGAGAGGAUGGAGACUUCGCUACCUAGGAAGUAACUGCUUCUACACAAUAUUCUUGUUCCCAGUCAUUCUCUUUGACAGAUUUAAAGUCCCUAAAUAGCACCUCUACCAUGAGUUUAAAGUGGCCAUUGUCUCUAGGGGCCGCAUAAAAUAUUGUAUACAAAAUUCUACUUGUAGUAGUCAUCUUAAGGUUCACACUGCACAAUUUUGCCAUAUAAAUAUAAACAGUCACUAGCAACAGCUAUUAUUGUAAAGUAUUUUAACCAGUAUAUUAUAUAAAAGAAAAUACUUAUAAAUGUUCAUGCUUGGUUGAGCUUGAAAUGUGAUUCAUAUACCUAAUUGUUUAAUGUUAUUUCAGACUUUACCAAAAAUAGCGAGAUAAACAAGUUUUUCAUAAUAUUAUGUUUAUUGAACAUUACGAUUUUUUACUACCACGAUAUUUUUUCUUUUUUGUGAAAUUACUCCACUAGUUUGUUAUAAUUAUUGAUACAAAGAUCUAACACACGAAUCCGGCUGGAUUCGAAACAGCGUCUUCAACAUACCCAGUCGACGCUUUCCCGAUUGGGCUACGGAACGAACCUUACGAAUUUUUCUACGUGCUUGUUGCAGAUCUGUUUUUGGUUUUUAACGACUUUUUGCCGUAGCGCCAUCUGUGAGAAAUCUAUGAAAUUUUUUCAUUCAUGCAGCCAGGUACCUUUUUUCACACAGAAAUUUUCGUAUUUACGUAAUUAACUUUGCCUAAGUUUAAACAACAAAUUACGAAGUAAACUCUGUUUAAUUUGAAAUCUUGUUUAAAUUUAGGCAAUGUUCAUUUUGUAAUUAUGAAAAACUUGCUUAGCUCGCCAUCUUUGCUUGGUCGAAAUCAAAGUUCGUUUUAUAAAUAUUAGCAUUGGAUUCUUUACAGAGCUAAUCUUUAACACAAUAUAUUAAAUCAAAGUUACUGUGUACCUGAAUAAUCUAAGCCACCAUUGAAACUUAUAUGGGUAUGACCAACCCAUUCUCAAAGAUAAGAAACUUCUUUUAAGUGACUGAAAAUGCAGUGUGUCGUCACAACUCCUAAGGCGCAAACGUGUGUCUUGUGUAUUCUAUUAUAAUACAAUUGGAAUUGCCGCAACCGAUGACACUAUUCUUUUAAUUUGUCUCCGGUUGCUGCAACCGGCGACUGUGUCGUUUUCAUAUUAAUAGUAUGAAAAUGGAAUAUCCUCUUCUAGUUGCCAAUUGCUUGUAUUCAUCCAACACAAGACACAAGUUUGCGCGGUACCUAAAUCAAAACAUUUAAUAUUCCCGGUAUGUCGAGUGUCCCCAGUUAAUAGUUCCUUAGACUCGUCCUUCCAACUACCUGCAAUACCAAAUUUGCCUGGAAAAAAAACUGUUACUUAGAUAUAAUAUAAGGUCGUCUAUUGCAUAAGUGGGCAAAGCUGGAACCAUGAGAUUUAAUCACCCACAUAUCUUUUUAAUCUUUUUUAUCAAUGGCCACAUACAAAAUCAAAGGUAUUCAAUCUUGUGCUACAUUUUGUGAUUAACUUCCUAGAUAGGAGAUUCUUUAUUAAUUAGUCUAAAUUGUAAACUAAAAUCAUAUUUUGCCUAAAUACAAUUUAUACUUCUAUGCCACGAAUUUUAUUCAGUGGCUCUUAGAAUAGUGUUUAGGUUCUCACGUAUGAUAUUAAGACGCGCAAACGUGCUUGUGUUAGAUACAAGCAACCGGCAACUAGAAACGACUAUUCUAUUUUUACACAAAUUGCUUUACCGCAACCGGCGACUCUCAA